UUGGGUCUUGAGUGAGUGUAUGUGUGCCAGCGCUAGGCUAUUGAACAGUUUCCUAAGAGGCAGAAAAGCAGCAGCAAGCAGAGUCGCAGACACACCUUAACCCCAAGAAGUGAUUUGGAGACGCACUGAUGCGGCCGAAACCACUUUGUCAUUUUAAAUAUUAAACAGCUUGAGUUGGAGAAGUCGCGUCUGGGUCGAGUUUGAGAUCCGUGUGACCCUGGUCUAUCUCUGUCACCGGGGAGGAGUGUCAUGGCGGAGCCAGACUAUCUGGAGGGAGACUGUGAUGAGCUCAUCAAACCCAAGAAGCUGAUCAACCCAGUCAAGACCUCCCGCAACCACCAGGACCUGCAUCGAGAGCUGCUCAUGAACCAGAAGAGGGGUCUGGCCCCCCAGAACAAGCCUGAGCUUCAGAAGGUCCUGGAGAAGAGAAAGAGGGACCAAGUUCUCAAGGCCCAGAAGGAGGAGCAGGAGGCUCACAAGAAGAGGAGUGACCUGGAGAUAGAGCUGAUGAAAAGACAACAGAAAUUAGAACAGCUGGAGCUGGAGCAGCAGAAAAACGAGGAGGAGCAGGAGAACACCCCCGAGUUUGUCAAGAUGAAAAGCAACCUGCGGAGGACCAAGCAGGAGGCUGACGGGGAGGAGCGAACCACCUAGAGACGUGUGUGUUUGCAGUCCCGAAGGUGUCCGGAGUGUGUGUAUGUGUCUGUGGUGCACAGUGGUGACCUGACUGUGGUCUGAGAUGAACCUCCUGGUUUUCCCAACCCAGCUGUUCCUACCUGCAGUGAGGAGAGAGAGACUUUACAGACUAAAAGACCCCUCUGUCUGCCUGCCACGGACCACCAGUGCUCACCUCAGCCCCUCACACCCAUCCAGCACCACACAGCACCCCCCGCAGGAGGGACCUGAAACACGGACACGCUAACAUGUUACAUGCCUCUCGACGAGGGCGCGCAAGCUUCCAAUGAGCUCUGAUGGAGAAAUACGCAAACAUGCACAGAACUGGUCAUCCCCUCUGUUUUCACUCCUCUAUCCGCAGACAGCUGUCAUUCCUGUUUAUUGUUAUCGAUGUUGUUACUGUUGUUUCUGUUUUUGUUUUGUUCUUCAUCUUCAGAAUCAAAUAAGGAAAAGUGGACACUGGAUGGACUCUUGAAGCUGUGUAAUGUAAAAGCCAAAUUAAUGUGCUUUUGUUAUUUAUGUUUGUAGCUUUUAGCCCAGGUAUAGGGAGCAGACUUUUUAGUCGUUCUGUAUCCUAGUUUGUUUUACAGCAUAGUUUGUGAAGCCAGAACAGGACAAAGGGAGUGUACGGUUGUGUGAAACACUCAAGUUUGCUUUAUUAUGAUUUUUUUUUUUUUUUAUUCAAAACUUGCCAUUUCCUCAACUAAUGCAAUUUUGAGCAAUAGUAGAACUCCCAGGUGUGAGAGUGAUCUUUUCUUUAUAUAUUCUAUUGUUUUUGUAUGAAUAAAACUGUUACUAAAUAAAUAAUUUAAGUUUU